AGAAAAGAAUAUUUAAAGAAAAAUAGAAACGAAAAGGAGAGAAUAGAAAGAAAAGCAGAGCAUAGCCCAAAGCUUAUCUUUUUGGCGGCACCAAUUUGAACGAACAAAUUACAGUUUCUUUUGUAGUAAUCAAAUUCCCAGUUUUUCCCAUGGCAGUCUCCACUUCUUUUUUACCCAUCAUUUCCUUUAGUCCAAUCUCUUCGUCUUCAUCAUCAACAUCAUCAUCAUCAUUUUUGGGUCCCACUCUUGUACAGACCCAUCAUCAAGGUAGCUUAAUUAUGAGUAAGCAGAGCUCAUUUAGACGGUUGCUUAUCAACUGUUCGGCUUCUUCUGACAUGGGUUCCUCCCCAGACCCCAUGAACUUGAGGCCUAAUCACAUGUCAUCUAUGGGUCCCUUUGGAAUGCAAAUGAAUGACAAACCAUCUUAUAAAUGGCAAAGGGUUUUGCUUAAAGUAAGCGGAGAAGCACUUGCGGGAGAUCACUCUCAAAACAUUGACCCAAAGAUUACAAUGGCAAUUGCAAGUGAGGUUGCAUCAGUGACUCGCCUAGGCAUUGAGGUUGCAAUUGUGGUUGGUGGGGGUAAUAUUUUUCGUGGAUCCUCUUGGGCAGGAUCUAGUGGUCUUGACCGUUCAUCUGCUGACUACAUUGGAAUGUUAGCAACUGUAAUGAAUGCUAUAUUUCUUCAAGCAACAAUGGAGAGUAUUGGCAUCCCAACUCGUGUCCAGACUGCAUUUCGUAUGUCAGAGGUUGCAGAGCCAUAUAUACGUAGAAGGGCUGUAAGGCAUUUGGAGAAAGGAAGGGUUGUCAUUUUUGCUGCUGGAACUGGUAAUCCAUUCUUCACCACAGACACUGCUGCAGCCCUUCGUUGUGCAGAAAAUGUUCUAUUUGUUGGCCCAGUCAAUGCAGAGGUUGUGUUGAAAGCCACAAAUGUUGAUGGAGUUUAUGAUGAUGAUCCUAGGCAUAAUCCAAAUGCCCGUCUUCAUGAUACGCUAACUUAUCAUGAGGUGACUUCGAAAGAUCUCUCAGUUAUGGACAUGACUGCCAUUACUCUGUGCCAAGAAAAUAACAUUCCUGUUGUUGUCUUCAAUUUAAACAAACCUGGUAACAUCACAAAAGCAAUAAAGGGAGAGCAAGUUGGUACAUUGAUUGGAGGAACAUGGAACUCAAUGGUGGCAAGGACAUAAAGAAGAUACUUGGGGCAGUUGCCUAUCUGUGUAGUGACUUCUCCUACUUUUGCUUUUCUUUUUGAGAAAAAGAAGGUAUUUGAUGGUAAUUAAUUGCUUAAGCAUAAUGUAAGCUUUUGCAAAGGAAGUUUCCUGGAGCUCGCAUUUGAAAAACCAAAGAUGAAAACAUGAAGCAUAAAAUUCAAUUCACUCUUUUGACUGAUUAUCAUUGCAGAUUUUUGUGCAUAAAUAUGUGGAAUGUUGUCUUCUUUGAACAUUGUAGCAAUCACAAUAAAAAAAGUGAUUCUUCAAUGACUUUUGAUGCAUGUUUUUAAGAUUAACGUUAAUGUUAGUGGUAAGCAGUUGUGAGGGACAGAAGGGAUAAAAUACUAUAUUUUUUAUUGUUAUUUCUUUGCUUAUAUCAUCAAUACAAUUAUAUGUGCAAGAGAUCUGAGAUUUCAAGAUGACCAACUAGAGCUUAUUGGUGCCCAAGUAGCUAAUGAAACUACAGGUGAUUUCGCUAUGUUGGCUGCUUUGACUAAACAUUUUAACUAUGAAAAGCUGGCUGUAAUUUACUCUGAUUUUGUUCUCAAUUUGAAUGUUCUGCAGGUUUUGAACUCCCUGGUUCCACUUAUUGGUGAUAGAAAGGUAUAAUUUAUACAAAUCUUUACUAUUACUUAACAGAGCCAUUACUCAAUAGCAGACAUUUGUGGUCCCUUCCCCUCUUAAUUAGAAACGGAAUCUUUUGAUAAGGUCUUGUAUCCCAUUACCACCAUUUCUUCGGUGGCUAUACCCCGCUUCUUCACAAAUGCCAUUCCCAUUUAUAUUUAUGUCAGAGAAAGUGUUAGGCGCGUUAUUCUUUUGUGGAAAAUGGAAGAAUCCUCCGACAUGAGAAUUGAGAACUGGACCACCAGAUUGUAAUUCGAUAAUUUGGUGACUAAGACAGAGCUCUAUGCUGCGGAUUCCAAUUGGUAAAUAGCUGAAUGAAACCCAACAUUUCUGACCAGAAUUUCUAGGGAUGCCUUAUUUGGAAAACUAUUUUGGUCAAACACGAUCUUGUUUUUAACUAUUCUUUGUCGAGCGCAGACACAGCAUGAAAUAUAUGCUUUUCUGGUCAAUAACAUGAGCCCUCCCCAGCUUCCUGUGAGCAAUUUUUUUGUUUGUCUUCUUUUUGGUACAUAUAAUUUUUAAUUACAGAAAUGGAAGUAGUCUUUUUCAUCUCCAAAGACACUUUCAUGGUGGUCCAUCCCAAAAUUUGAACUCGAAAUUUCGUUUCAAUUUCUACCAGCAGGAUAUUUAUUGCCAUGACAUUGGAAUUUAUCAACAAUAUAUUUUGCUAACCCUGAUUAUUCCUCCUAAGCCUGCCUAUGCUUGGAAUUUGGAGAUUAAUUUUUUUUCUUUUUUUUUUUUUUUCAGGUAUCGUCAACUGCUUUAUGCUUUUCUUCAUAAAUAUAUGAUAUGCUACGCCACUAAUUUAGUAAAGGGGUACACAGAAAUCCCAUCCAUGACUAUUAAAGAGCUUGCAUUUCAAUAACAAUCUUAAUCCAAUCUUUUUCAACUGUGAAACACAGAAACACAGAGCUACACAUCAAAUGGCAGGAAUCCAACAAGCCAUGAUAAGUCUCUCAAUCAUUCAUUUUGUACAGUAACAAGAUUCACGUUCUAAUCGCAAAAGCUACCAACUAAAACACAAGUUGGUUUUCCCCAAAAACAGGUUUUGGAGGCUGGGAAACCCAAAAUAAGUGAUGGGAUAGACAUGGGUUACUACUUUUCAACUUCUCUUCAAUCACUCGAUCCUUUUAGCACAGUUGUUGCAUUAAAAAUAAAUAAAUCCCCCAAUGAAAUAGGAAGAUGACGGCCCAUAUUCUGACCUUUAUGUCCUACCACACGUUAUAAACAUAAAAUUCUCAAUGAUUUCAUCUACUCCUUAUCUCAGUUCAAUAAAGGCAUUAAUUACUACAGUUCCUCUAAUUUAACAAAAGCACUAAUAAAAAAAACUUAAAGCUUUAUUUAUAGAAUAACAAUCAAUGAAGUACCAAAAAAUCACUAUCUCCAUUAUUAAAGAAAUUAGCAAAUUUUACAAUUAAAAUCCAAAAACCCACUAUAAUAAAAUUACAAACUCUAAUUUUUUUUAACCAAAAUCUCUCACAAUAUCCUAAUUUUUCUAACUCUUCCUCUCUUUAUAUAUGUAAAAAAAAAAAAAAAAAA